AUGAAUCCAGUUUCAGUCCCUAAUGACUUAGUUUUUGGUAUACUCACCCACCUUCCCGUCAAAUCCCUACUCCGAUUCAGAUGUGUUUGCAAGAGCUGGCGGUCUAUGAUUUCCGACCCAUUGUUUGUUGAGGCCCAUCAAUCCCGUUCAGCCUCCGCCCUCCUCAUCUCCUUCCCGGACAUGCGCGACCCUGACAGGAAGCGUACUCUCUUCUGCAUAAACGAGGGAGAAGCUCACCGUAUCCCCGGAUUCUCUCACUGGAAUAUUUCUCAAUCGGUGAACGGUUUAAUUUGUAUCUAUGGGCAAUACUCUCCGAAACAAUCCCAUCGCGUGCGUGUCUGCAACCCUAGCACUCGAGAACACGUGACUCUUCCACCCCCAUUCUUCUCAGAUCCUGACUUAUUUUUCCAGUGCAACUCUCUAGGGUUCGACCCUUCCACCAAGACCUACAAAAUCCUGAGGGCAUGGAUGGCGGAUUCCUGGGGCCCCAAGUAUGAGAUUUUCACUCUGGGUAGCGACGCAUGGAGAAUCAUCAAAGAUGCCCCAGAAGCUUUGUUGGACACAAGAGGGAUUUGCCUCAACGGAACCAUAUAUUGGACUAAGGCUAGGGCUAUUGAAAUAGACCAUUCUCGUGUGGUCAUGCAAAACAGUAUGAUAGCAUUCCACGUCGGAGAAGAGAAGUUCCGAUGGGUCCCCCUCCCUCCUGCAGCCCCCGUAUGGACGAGUGACACGUCGAGCAUGAUACAAAUCGGUGGGCACAUCGUCAUUGUAGACUACCAAGAGGUGGCGAAAAGCAUUAGUGAUGUUAUGAUAAUGUGGAAAUUGGAGGAUUCUUUAAAUGGAGUUUGGAGCCAGAAGAGAAUUAUGCUGCCGGAAUGUUGGAUGCAAGGCUACCCAGGACUUGGUCCUUUUUGCGUUACUUCGAUUGAUGGUGGUGAGAUUACCUUGAUUCCCAACCACUUGUUUAGAGACUGGUACGUGGUUCACUGUAACUUAGAGGAAGAGAGUCCGAGGAGGGACGUUUUAUCUGGGCUGCCUCAGAAUGAUUGGAAUGUUCCUUAUCCAUCUAUUUAUUGUAGUGAAGUCUCUGAGUACGCGGAAAGUCUUGUAUCUUUGAAGGAAAUUUGCAGGCAUUAG